GUUUUCGUUAUAUUUCCGCGUGUGUGUGUGUGUGAGCGCGUUAGUGUGUUUUCGUUGUGUUGUGUUUGAACCUUCUUGUUAAUGGCAUCGAGUGGAGUCAUUUAGCGUGUUGUUGUCUGGCCAUUCAAACACAAGUUCAUUAGUUUGUUAAAUCGUUAAUCGUUUCGCUUGGCUUGACUUGGCUGUUUGGUUGCCCGUUGUCUUUUGCGGAUCAAAUUAGCAAAAGUAAGGUUGAUUUGAAAACAAUCAUCUCUCGGUCUCCAUAGCAUCAUUGCGUCGCAGUCGGGGCGAUUAUUAUCGACGUUGGUCGUUCGUUCGUCGUCGUCAUUAUAACAGAGCAUUGCGCCCAAUCUUUGGCCUUUUACGUUUGUGUGUGUUGUUUUCGUUGAUUCAAUUGAUGAUUGUUUGUCUCUGGUGGGACUACAAAUGUUUGGCGAUUUUUGUUUAGCAUCGAGUGUUAUCAGCAACAUGCGGCGGCAGCAGCAGCAGCAGCUUCGGCAUCAGCAACAAGAAAUAAUGAAUGUAAAAUGUUUGUGACCGAAUGAGAAUGAAUGGCAAGCUGAAACCAAUAAACAAGCAGUUAGCAUUGUUUCAUUUAUUGCUCAUCAUCAUCAUCGUUUCCAUCGUCAUUUGCUGCUGGCAUUUAGUGUUGUUGUUGUUGUUUUUUAGUGUUUUUUCUUGUCUGUGAGUGAAGAGCCAUUUGGGUGAUCAAAAAAAAAUGAAAAACAAAUGGCAAUUGCCUUUUCGAUUUAAACGUUUUAACAACAUAAUACGCAUUGUAUUGCCGUCGCCGUCGUCAUCGUCAUCAUCGUCGUCGGUUUCGUUUUCGUCUCCUCACCAUCAUCGCUCGUCAUUAUCGUUGCUGUGAUAUAGUGGUCGUUAAUUUGCUUUGCGAUUCGUUUGUGUACGCGCUUUCAAUGAUGUGCUAACAACGAGUAACCAAAAGAUUAUCAGCUUUUGUGAUCAAAAUAUGAAUAUUAUUAUUUGAAAUCGUUGAAUAUAUGAAUUGAUUUGAAAGAAUGAAUACACCUUUAAUAAAGUGUUAAAAAUCUGGUCAUUUAAGCAACCAACCGAAGAGCGAAAAAAAAAAACAAGUGAAACACAUAAAAGUCAAAUCAUCGGAAAAUCAACAAAAUAUCAACCAAAAAAAGAAACAACAACAACAAAUAUGUGAAUACCAGUUUUGUGUUAAAACAGAAACAUAAAGAAACCAACAACAAAUACAUGAAAAAUAAUUUCUUCAAAUGCUCAACAUUGGAAGCUGUUGCGCCAACUAAAGGAUUUAUUUAUGUGGAUAUAUUUCAUUUUAUUAAACGGUCGAAAAAUUAUCUUUAAAAUAAAAGUGAACCAAGUAAGCAAAUUCCGUUGGAUGAAAAAUUCAAAUAAGUUCCAAGUGAAAAAAGAUUAAAAAAAGUGAAUAAAAUAACAAGUAACACAAUAAUAAUAACAACCUUUUAAAUAAAUUAAAUAUUCCAAAAAAGAUUAUUAUUUUAAGUGAUUUUAAAAUUUAAUUGCAAAAAUUUUCAAAAAAAAAAAAAAACCCAUAUGCAACAUAGAGGCAUUCAAUUUAAGUGAAUUGCGCCAAGGAAACUCACAUGAAAAAAGGUAUCAAGUCAAACAAAUAAAAAAACCGCAGGCAUAGCAACAUGAGUAACAAGGAAAAAUUAAUUUGAAAUGUGUUGCUCGUAGUGUCACACGUACAAACAUACACCAACCUCCACAAAUUUCAACAAUUUAAUUAACUAGAGUGGAUUAAUUUGCACCUUGUUAGGCUAAUUAAGGAUUAAAGGCAGAAAAGAAAAACAAAAACAUAAAAAAAAACAAAAAAGAAAAAGAGUUAAACAGACCACGUAUAGAAUCGAAAAUAGAUACCCUCAAAUAUAUUCAAAGGAUCAACAAAAGUAUUUAUAUCAACAAUAGACUAACUUUCUUGUAAAUCAAAUAAUAUUAGCUUAUAUCCACAAUUCUGUGAAAGCAAUCCUGAAAUAGAAUGCCACACACAUGGACAAGUGGCAUUUGAACAAAGAAAAAAAAAACAUAAUUACUGAAAUAACAACGACAUCCUUGAUUACAAUGUCAAAACUGGAAAAUAAAUUUCAAUAGAAAUUAUUAAAAUUAUUAUUUGGAAAAGGAAAUUCUUCAAGGCAUUUGUUUUUCAAUUUCAUUUUUCCGGAGACAAAUUCGACGUUUUGUCAAAGUGUGAGUGCGUGUUGUAAUCAUUGUAAAUUAAAUUCAUCAUAAAUGUAUAAUAAAUCGGGUUAAUAAAAACAACAAAACCAACAACAUUUGGAUCAUCAUCAUUUGCCUGUCAUCUACAAAAACUCUUCCCAGAAGCUGUAAUAUUUGCAUAAUUUAAGCUAAUCAAAUGUGUGAUUUUUGACAUCGAAAAUUCCAACCAUUUCCAACUAAAUACCAAGAAUAGCUAAAAAAAACAACCAACCAAAUGUUUAUAAAUGAUGCCCGAAAUUGAAUGUGACGUGGCGGCAGCAACAACAGAUAUGGUCAGUGGUGCGGCACAUGCGCCCGUUUUCGAAACGUCGGUGGCCCAAAAAUAUUACAGCAUACAUCAGCAGCAGCAACAGCAGCAGCAACAACAACAUCAGCAGCCGCAUUCACGGCAUCCUCAUCAGCUGCAUUCGCAACAACAACAACAGCCGCUCUAUCCACAAAUUCAUUAUAGCUCAGCAACGGCAGCUGAUUAUAAACUUGCAGCGGAGCAGCAGCAGCAGCAUCAGUUGGAACAGGCCCAAUACAAGAUGGCCACAAGUUCGUAUGUUUAUCGUAGUCCCCUGACCAUACCGCCGCCGACAACACCUCAAACAGCAGCAAUGUAUGAGCAUAUUGCCAACAACAGCAAUAAUGGGACAGAGGCUUACAACAAUAAUUAUCAUGUCAAUCAUCAGCAACAUCAUCACCAGCAUUCUCAUCAUCAGCUGCAUUCCAUAGCAGCUUUAACUAGUCAACAACAAACAUUGGCGGCAGCAUCAUCUCCUGCGACAGCAACAGGUGCCAAUGGCACGGCAGAUACGACAGCCAACCAAAAUGCCAACAACAACAGCCACCUUAAAGAGAAGAGACCAACAAGUGAAACAACAUUUUUACAAAAAUCUUUAGAGGCACCACUAAAGCAGGCCAGCUAUGCCACCAAUGGCUAUGACAGUUCUACGGCAUUAGCCAUUAGCGGCGGAGGUGGAGGAGGUACCGGCAGUAUUGUGGGCGUUACGGGUGCCAAUAAAACGCUAAUAUCUUCACCGCCGCCCAUUGGUGUACAAGCCAAAACGCCACAGACGAGACAAAAUCUAUCGCCCACAGCAUCGGCGGAGGCUCAUUUAACAUCAACGAACAUGUCAGCGCCUGCCACAUGGCAUCCUCAUGUUUAUGCCCGCCCACCUACUCGUCCCACCCCCCAUACCAUAGCCGAUAUCUUGGGUUUGCGUGAUUUAAAUGCGGCCAUACAUGCGGUCAGCAGCAACAACAACAAUACGAUUAUAUCAACAACAACAACAACGACGACGAACAUCAACUUACCGCACAACACGAACGCCCUGAUAUCGCGCGAUCCACACGACGAAUCAUCGAAUUCAUCGGCCACAACGAUACCCCCCGCCCCUGCCAAAUCGCCCAAGAGUAUUUUGCGCAAUUUCCAGCAGCAAUACUCGCAGCAGAUCACCCAGUUUGAACAGCAACAGGCACGAAGUGCCUCGGCCAGUGAUACAAGUGAGGAUGAUAAUAUUGGUGGUCACACUGUGGGGAGUGGGGUUGGAGGUGGAGCCGGUACUAUUCCCAGCAUUGCCACUACGAACAACACCUUAACGCCGGCUGCAGUCCCCGCCUCCGAAGAUCUAUGUCUUGACCAGCCAUUGAAUUUGUGCGUAGCCAAAAAGUCUAGAGAUUCACUGUCACCGCCACCUGCCGUCAAACAAAAUCAAAUUUUAGGCAUCACCCCGUCCACGGAUCGUGAGAAAUCACUGCUGGGCAAACAUCUAAAGAAAGAUCCUCAUCAUGCGGCCGUAAAGAAUAGCAUGAAAAAGAAGAAACUCGUCUCGGCACAUAUUGCAUCCAGUGCAUCCAUCCUGCCACCCGAUGUCAGUCCGUCGGGCAGCAGUGAUAGUCUGAUGCGUGAACGAUUGGCCCCACCCGCAAUUAGCACUACACCGCCGGCUGUUAGCUGUAUGGAAACAACAGAGGAUGAUUCCGAUUCCGGGUCGACCGAUGCUCGCCGUAAAAAGAAGGCACGGACUACAUUUACAGGACGUCAAAUAUUCGAGCUGGAGAAACAGUUUGAAAUUAAAAAGUACCUUAGUUCAAGUGAACGAACCGAAAUGGCAAAGCUGUUGAAUGUCACCGAGACGCAGGUAAGUGGGAGGGAACUAUUUUUAAGACUUUGGGGGGUGAAUGUGUGA